CUCAGGCCCGGCCCAGGAAGUGACUCGCAGCCGCUGCGGGGACUCUGGCUCCCGGCGAGAUCCCCGAGCCCCGGCGGCUGGUGCUGGGAGCCCGGAGCCCGGGCUGCAGCCGGGAGAGGGGAACCUCCAGCCGGGCCCUGCCCGCUGCUCCCCGGGAGCCUCUCCCAGGGCAGAGCCCCCAGCCCGGCCAGGGCCGUCCUUACCCUUAGGCAAAGCAGGCAGCUCCGUAGGGCACCAGGAGAUUUGGGGCACUAAACUUCCGGGUGCCCUGCACAGCUGCGUGCCGCUCCAGCCCCUGCUCCGGCUCUUCCCCAGGGGCCGCGCCCCAGCCGCGCCCCCACUUCCAGAGCUCUGCCCCGGGGCCGCGCCUGCACUCGCCGGCGGUGGGAAGUGCAGCGAGCCGGCCCCAGCCGCGCCCCCGCUGAGUGGUUUCCCCCCUGCCCCCAAGCCAGCCCCGCCCCCGAGGCGUUGCCCCCCACACCCCACAGGAGGGGCUGCGUAGGGCCCCAGAACAGCUGGGGACGGCCCUGCCAGGGCCCCUUUCCCGGCCCGGCCCCUGCCCCGGGGGGGCCCCGCUCGGAGGGAAGGCUGAGGAAUCACGUCCACAUUUUGCUCCAGAUCGUCCAGGGGACAGGGAAGAGAAAUGGCUGUGAUGGAGCCAGCUCAGAUGCUGGUGACCUUCGAGGAGGUGGCUGUGUAUUUCACUGAGGGGCAGGGGGCUCUGCUGGACCCUGCUCAGAGAGCUCUCUACAGGGACGUCAUGCAGGAGAACUACGAGAUGGUGACCUCACUGGGAUUUCCCAUUCCCAAACCUGACCUGAUCGCCCGGCUUGAACAAGGGGAAGAGCCGUGGGUCCCGGAUCUCCAGGCUCCGGAGGAAUCGGAGGUCCCAAGAGGAAUUUGUGAAACUGACACACAAACCAUCUGGCGAGUGAAUGAAAAAGCUGAGACUCCCAAAGGUGAUGAGAUGAUGAUGAGUGAGAACAAGAAGAAGAAUCCACAACAGGAAGAUCCCGAGCAAGUGGAACUGCAGGGGAACUUUCUGAGAGGAGCGGAAGGGAAUUUUUCCCAAUCCUUGGAACAGGGAAAAGCUUGGAGAAGUCGGCAGAGGUCAGAGGGGCAGCGGGGAAACCACCCAAUGAAGAAAGAGGAUAAAUCCAUUGAAUGUGGGGUAGGAUGCAAAAAUCCCAAGGAAACCACAGCCUCACAGACAAAUCCCAAGGAAGAGACACCGUAUAAAUGUCUCAACUGUGGGAAAAACUUCAGUCAGAAAUCGAACCUUAUCACUCAUCAGAGAAUCCACACAGGCGAAAAAACCCAUAAGUGCUUGGACUGUGGGAAAAGCUUCAACCAGAGAUCAUCCCUCAUUAUACAUCAGAGAAAACACACAGGUGAGAGACCGUAUAAAUGCGAUGAGUGUGGGAAAAGUUUUACCAAGAGCUCAUCCCUAAUGAAACAUGGGAGAAUCCACACAGGAGAGAGACCUUAUAAAUGCCUAGAGUGUGGGAAAAGAUUCAAUUUGAUAUCAGCCCUGACUACACAUCAGAGAACCCACACUGGAGAGAAACCCCAUAAAUGCUUGGUCUGUGGGAAAACCUUCAGUGACAGCUCACAGCUUAUUAAACAUGGGAGAAUCCACACGGGAGAGAGACCUUAUAAAUGCCUGGACUGUGGGAAAAGCUUCAGUCAGAGCUCACACCUUAUUACGCAUCAGAGAGUGCACACAGGAGAGAGACCCUAUAAGUGUCUCAACUGUGGGAACAGUUUCGCUCAGAGAUCCAUCCUUCUCAGACAUCAGAGAAUCCACACUGGAGAUAAACCUCACAAAUGCCUCGACUGUGGGAAAAGUUUCUCCCACAGAUCAACCCUUACUUCACAUGAGAAAACUCACACAGGAGAGAAACCCCACAAGUGCUUGGACUGUGGGAAAAGCUUCAUUCAGCGAUCGGCCCUUACUACACACCAGAAAAUCCACACAGGAGAGAAACUCUAUAAAUGCUUGGACUGUGGGAAAAGUUUCACUCAGCGAUCAAACCUGAUUUCACAUGAGAUGAUCCACAAAGGAGAGAAACCCCAUAAAUGCUUGGAGUGCAGGAAAGGCUUCCGUCACAGCUCAGACCUUCUUAAACAUCAGAGAAUCCACACAGGAGAGAAAAUCUACAAAUGCCUCGACUGUGGGAAAAGUUUCACUCACAGAUCAACCCUUACGAGACAUCAGAAAAUCCAUACUGGAGAGAAACCCUAUAAGUGUGUCAACUGUGGGAAAAGCUUCAAUCAGAAAUCGAACCUUAUCACUCAUCAGAGAAUCCACACAGGAGAGAGACCUUAUAAAUGCCUGGACUGUGGGAAAAGCUUCAGUCAGAGCUCACACCUUAUUACGCAUCAGAGAGUGCACACAGGAGAGAGACCCUAUAAGUGUCUCAACUGUGGGAACAGUUUCGCUCAGAGAUCCAUCCUUCUCAGACAUCAGAGAAUCCACACUGGAGAUAAACCUCACAAAUGCCUUGACUGUGGGAAAAGUUUCACCCACAGAUCAACCCUUAGUUCACAUGAGAAAAUCCACACAGGAGAGAAACCCCACAAGUGCUUGGACUGUGGGAAAAGCUUCAUUCGGAGAUCUGCCUUUGCUACACACCAGAAAAUCCACACAGGAGAGAAACUCUAUGAAUCCUUGGACUGUGGGGAAAGUUUCACUCAGCAAUCAAACCUGAUUUCACAUGAGAUGAUCCACAAAGGAGAGAAACCCCAUAAAUGCUUGGAUUGUGGGAAAAGCUUCCGUGACAGCUCAGACCUUCUUAAACAUCAGAGAAUCCACACGGGAGAGAGAAUCUACAAAUGCCUCGACUGUGGGAAAAGUUUCACUCAGAGAUCAACUCUUACCAGACAUCAGAAAAUCCAUACUGGAGAUAAUCCCCACAAAUGCCUCGACUGUGGGAAAAGUUUCAUUCAGAGAUCAGCCCUUACUACACACCAGAAAAUCCACUCAGGAGAGAAACUCUAUAAAUGCUUGGACUGUGGGGAAAGUUUCAUUCAGCGAUCAAACCUGAUUUCACAUGAAAUGAUCCACAAAAGAGAGAAACCCCAUAAAUGGUUGGAUUGUGGAAAAAGUUUCAUUCAGAGUUCAAACCUGAUUUCACGUGACAUGAGUCACAAAAGAGAGAAACCCCAUAAAUGCUUGGAUUGUGGGAAAAGCUUCCGUGACAGCUCAGACCUUCUUAAACAUCAGAGAAUCCACACAGGAGAGAGAAUCUCCAAAUGCCUCGACUGUGGGAAAAGUUUCACUCAGAGAUCAACUCUUACGAGACAUCACAAAAUCCAUACUGGAGAUAAACCCCACAAAUGCCUCGACUGUGGGAAAAGUUUCACUCAGAGGUCAACCCAUAUCAGACAUCAGAAAAUCCAUACUGGAGACAAACCUCACAAAUGCCUCAACUACAGGGAAAAGUUUGAUGUGGAGAUCAAACCUGAUUUCACGUGAGAUGAUCCACAAAAGAGAGGAAACCCAAAAGGCUUGGACUGCAGGAAAAGCUUCAAGAACAGCUCAACGCUCACUGAAACAUCAGCGGCUCCACACGGGGGAAAGCUCUUAGAAAUACCUUGACUGUGGGAAAGAUUCAGUCAGAGCUCACCCAUCAUCAUAUAUUGAAGAGUCCCCACAAGAGGGAGACUUUGAAUGUGGGGGAAGCUUCAUCUGGUGCUCUGGGGAGUAUAAAGCAUCAGCAAACCCACUCAGGGUAGAGACCUCUCAGGGUCUGUCUGCACAGCAAAGAAAAACCUGCAGCUGACCCAUGACAGCCGACUCAGGCUCGUGGGGCUGGGGCUACAGGGCUGGUUCAUUCCUACGUGAACUUCGGGGCAUGGGCUGGAGCCUGGGCUCUGGGACCCUCCCACCUCGCAGGUCCUAGAGAGAAGGCUCCAGAAUAAGCCUGGAGAUCUAUAUAGCAAUGAAAGAUCCCCGUGAGCCCAAGUCAGCUGGUACGGACCAACCACAGCAGGUGCCUAGUUGCUGUGUAGACAGACCCUGAUUUGCUUCCUUUAGCAUGGAAAAUGCUCCAAGUGGAGUUAACACCAUGCUGGACAUCAGAGACUCCUCCACACAUGGGGGAAAUUCUCUCAGGGCCCUGACUGGGGCUGGCCAUGGUGACAAACCCAUUUCCUCCUUCCCACACACAUCCGGGUUUGGCUCCCAAGGAUCCAGCUGCCCAUCGCUGGGGUGAGGAUCCAGCAGCAGCCGAGCAGCAGCUGGCCAGUGACCCUCUGGGUCUGCCUGGUCUAAGCAAACCCCAAGCAGAGGAGGAGAAGCCCCCAUCAGCCCCUCCCUCCUGCAGCUCUGGUUGCUGAGCUGAUGAGCCACAAGUGGGGGAAGGGAGAGAAAGAAACUCCUCCAGCUGCUCCCUCUGCCUGGCUGAAGUUCCCCCCUUCUCCCUUCCCCUCCCAGACAGGAUCCCUCUGUCGUGGUGAUGAGGAGAAGGACAUUUGAGCCAGGCCCCACCUUCACUCUACACACCUGUCCCCAACCCCCAUCUUCUACCAGCCCCUGGACUGGGCUCUUCCACUUACCUGGAGCUGUUCCCUGCAGGAGGAGUGUCCCUGGGGGCUGGUAACUCCUCCCCUCCCCAAAUCCCCUAGGGCGCUGGGUUCUGGGGGAUCAACCAUUAAGGGACCAGGCCGAUGGGUUGUGGGGAGGAAACUGGGGAUGGAAUGGUUGGGGCUGGUGGUAAGCAGGGAAACCUGUUUGCUGGGGUAUCGAGUGUUUGGGGAUGAUGGGAUAAGAGGCGAGGGAGAGCACAGGGGUAGAGAGAUGGUGCCUCUCCUCACUCACCCCCUCUGCCCCUUCUCCCUGCCCCCGCUGCAUUCAGACAGCACCACUGAGAGGGGCUGAUUCCCACUGGGCCUUUUGUGGGGGGAGAAGUGGUGGGGAUUAGCUAGCACAUGUCCUCUGCCCCUCCCCCACUCUUCCUAGUCAAACUGACCCUGAGCAUCUUAUUGAUUCUGAGCCCCCAUUAGCAAAGUGAUUGUCUGAGUCACUGAGUUCUCCUGCGGGGAUCCCUUGUCCCCUUCCGAGAUGGUCUCACUUUGCUCCGGGUGGUGUGUGGAAGGCAGGGGCCCGGCUCCUUGGGGCUAGCAUUCCCUGUGACAGACUGAACUUUGGGGUGAGCAUCUGUUUGAUCAGAUAGAAAAGAGAACUUCUAAUGAGGGUAGGCCCUAGUUCAACCUUUCUGAUUUUGGUUUUGUGACUCCAUCAUUCCUCUUGUUUCUGUUUAGAUCUCUUGUGUCUCUUCCAAUAAAUUUCCUUUUGUUUUGCGGUCAGCAAAUUCCA